GGAGUGCCCAGCAGGAGCACCUAGACCUCACCACUGUGACUCCCAGCAUCGCCUCCUUUGGACUGAGGGAGAGAACGAUUUGCGCCGUUUUAUGGAGGAGGUCCAAGAUCGGCCAGAGUAGGCUAAUCCCGAGUGAGAGCUCCUGUUUGGUUUGGUGGUGCUACUCUGCGAUCUCUCCUCCAAAGACGCCCAGCUCCACUCCUCCUAACUAACGGGCUAGGACGCUGCCAAAAGUCAGGAAACACGUCGAUCUCUGUCGGAUUUCGAAAUCUGAGAGAUUUGGAACCUUCGCUUGGGCGGCACGGACGAACGGACAGAUCAAAAAUAGCAACAGAGCAAGGAAAAUGUUUAAAAAGAGUAAAAGUCAAGUACUUGUGGAUUACGCGUCAGAGGAAGACGACAUGUCUUGGCAUCACCUCCACUCGUACAAGGACAAAGAUCAAGAGGGAGUGGAGGAAACACUGAGCCCCCCUACAAAGGAGUCUAAGGUGAAGAAGAUCAAGUCUAAAAAGGAGAAGAAAGACAAGAAGUUGGACGAUGAACAUUUUCUUCUGACUGGAGCCACACUCUCAGACAAAAAAGGCAAGCUGAAGGAGGAGGAGCGGAGCGCCAAGCCUCUGGAGCGCGAGAAGGACAAGCGCUUCUGGGACAGCAUCACCAUGACGAUGCGCCAGAUCACGCCCACGCGCAAGAUGGACAAGAUGGAGGGCUGGGAGCCGCCACAGCUGCCCGGCGACCCGGGAGACGACGACAACGAUAACCACGACAACGACGCGGCGCAGAAGGCCGAGACGAAGAGAGACGCUUCGCCCACUACUGCCCCUGUUGCCCCGGUAGCCUCGGUUACCCCGGUGGUUCCUGCCCUCUCCCUGUCCCCCCCGCCCCUCUCCUCGCCCCUCUCCUCUCCGCUGUCUCUCUCGCUGCCCUCCUGGAGAGCGGGCGUGACGCUGGAGGACUGGCGCUAUGCCAGCCUGGCAGACUGCACCCCCAGCGGCGGCGGCGGCGGCGGGCAGCGUGAGGGCUCCGGGGCGGGCAGCGCUGUCCGGUGGGCGGCUCGUGCCAGGGGCAAGCUGGCGGGCAUCAGGAGGAGGAGUCACGGAAACGUGUCGGAGAACAUGUGGGAGGGGCUUAAGUGAACGGACACGAUGGGACGAUACCAACACCCCCCCCGCCCCCCACCAACUCCCCACCUCUCCUACACACACACAC